UGAAAGCCUGUUUCAGGCGGCGGAGUAAAUGCGGUUUUAAAUGAAGAUACGCGUCAUCUUCACCACAGCGCGGAUCGGUCAGAAACAUGGAGUCUAUUUCAACAAGAUACUUCGCCACUAAGAUAAUUUGUUUUUUGUAACGAGCUGUGAGUGGAUAUUUUUUUUCUUUCAUAUUUUUUUUUUUGGUUUGAAUCGGAAACAAUGGGAGCAGAAGGACAAAGCCGGGGAAUAAGGUGUUGGUGGGUGGCCCUCAGCCUCUCUGUGGUGCUCGGGUGCGUGCAGCGGAUCUCGGCGCAGAUAAAGUAUUCAAUUCCUGAGCAGGUGAAUGUGGGAUCUGUUGUUGGGAAUGUCGCAAAGGACCUUGGGUUGGACGUCUCUACGUUGGAGGAGAGGCAGUUCCGUAUUGUUUCGGGGGCCGAUGAUGUUCAGUUUAAAGUGAACCCGAACAAUGGCGCUCUGUACGUGCAUGAGACAAUAGACAGAGAGAGGCUCUGCGAAAGCAUUUCUCCGUGUAUGAUUAACCUGAAAAUGGUGGCAGAAGAUCCAAUGGAGAUACACUACGUUGGAGUGGAAAUCACGGACGUGAAUGAUAAUCCUCCGACCUUUCAGGAGAAAGAAAAAAUAUUCGAAAUCUAUGAGUCAACUCCGCCAGGCAAACGUUUCCAGCUACCCUCUGCCCUCGAUCCAGAUGUUGCUCUAAAUACGGUGCGUAGUUACAAAUUGACCCAUAAUGAACAUUUCAGCUUACAAAUUCGAGACAGAGGAGAGGAUAAGAUACCGUUUUUGGUUUUGCAAAAGUCCCUUGAUAGAGAAAAAAACAAAGAGCACAACCUGAUUCUGACAGCUGUAGAUGGCGGAAAUCCUCCGAGAUCAGGCACUGUAAAUGUUACAGUAGUUGUUCUGGAUUCAAACGAUAACCACCCUACAUUUAGUCAGGAAGUAUACUCAGUGACGAUUCCAGAAAAUGCAAAAGUUGGCAUGAGUGUUGUUACUGUUAAUGCAACUGAUCUGGAUGAAGGAGUAAACAAAGAUAUUGAAUACAUUUUUGGUAGUGAACUUGACCCUAAAAUUUAUGAAACAUUUAGCUUAGACAAAGUUACGGGUGAAAUUAGAAUAAAAGGAGCAAUUGACUUUGAGGAAGCUGAUGUUUUUAAGUUUGAUGUUCAGGCAUCUGACAAAGGACAUCCUCCAAUGAGUAGUGACUGUAGGGUGAUCAUUAAAGUGCUUGAUGAAAAUGACAACAAACCAGAAAUUGAGGUGACAUCCCUUUCUAAGCAGGUUUCAGAGAACUCCAAACCUGGUACUGUGGUUUCUUUAAUCAGUGUUAGAGACCAGGACUCAGGUUUAAAUGGUAAAGUAAUAUGUAGUCUUUCAGAAAACACACCAUUUAAUUUAAAGCCAUCAUUUCAAGAAAAUAUGUACUCUUUAGUUGUCAAGCAACAUUUGGAUCGAGAGUCAGUUUCUCAUUAUGACAUAACCCUAACAGCUACAGACUGUGGUCAACCUCCUCUAUCUACUUUUAAAACUCUGAGUAUUGAGGUGUCAGAUGUAAAUGAUAAUGCACCAGAAUUUUCACAUAACCCCAUUCAACUUUAUCUGACAGAAAACAACGUUCCUGGAAACUCAAUAUUUUCUGUUUCUGCUUCUGAUAAAGACUUGGAUGAAAAUGCGGCUGUAAAAUAUCAUUUAGUCAGAGAGGAGGGAAGCCAGUCGAAAAUUAUUGCAUUUUUAAAUGUUAACUCAGAAAAUGGACAAAUUGUUGCGCUGAAAAGUUUCGACUUUGAAACCGUGAAAACUUUCCGGUUCCAAGUUGUGGCCUCAGAUUCUGGGACUCCGUCCCUGAGCAGCAACGUGACAGUGAACGUGUUCAUCCUGGACCAGAACGACAACGCUCCAGUCAUCCUGUAUCCAGUCAGCUCCAACGGUUCUGCUGAAGGUGUGGAGGAGAUUCCCCGCAAUGUGAACGCAGGACACUUGGUGACCAAAGUCAGAGCCUAUGAUGCUGAUAUAGGAUAUAACGGCUGGUUGCUGUUUUCCCUGCAGGAAGUCACUGACCACAGCCUCUUUGGUUUGGACCGCUACACAGGACAGAUCAGAACCCUUCGCUCAUUCACAGAGACAGACGAGGCUGAGCAUAAACUGCUCAUCCUGGUCAAAGACAACGGCAACGUUUCCCUCUCAGCAACAGCUACUGUGAUUGUCAAGCUGGUGGAGCCCAAAGAGGCUUUUGCAGCUUCUGAUGUUAAAAGUGCAGCAAAGGAUGAUGAGGAUACUAAUGUGACUUUUUACCUGAUGAUCACUCUGGGCUCAGUUUCAGUUCUGUUCAUCAUCAGCAUCAUCGUGCUGAUUGCAAUGCAGUGCUCCAAAUCCCCAGACUAUACUUCUAAAUAUCUCCAAGAGACUAAUUAUGAUGGGACCCUGUGUCACAGCAUCCAGUACAGAUCUGGAGACAAACGGUACAUGUUGGUUGGACCCAGGAUGAGCAUAGGAUCUACUAUAGUACCUGGAAGUCAUGCAAACACACUAGUGCUCCCUGACAGGAGGAGGACGUCUGAGGAGGUAAGAUUUACUUUAAUUUGCAAUAUAUGCAGGUGGCGAAAGGUUUUCCAAACAUCUCAUUUUACUCUCAAAAAAUAG